AACUAUCAACCCACCUCUAUUAGAAGCAGUUUCUAAUUCAGCCAUUAUUCAUGGCGCAUUCAUCAUCUUCAUUCUGCAUGCAGUAUUUUUUGUUCCUCUGUUGCUUUGUCUCGUUGAUCACCUUUGUGGUUGGCGCAGGGAAUGAGACUGACAGGUUGACCUUGCUGGACUUCAAGGCCAAGAUAACUCAUGACCCAAUUGGUUUUCUGAGCUCCUGGAAUGAUAGCAUCCAUUUCUGCAGCUGGCAAGGUGUUACUUGUGGUCGAAAACAUCAUGACAGGGUCACAAAAGUGGACGUGCAAUCCCAAAACCUGGGCGGCUCCAUAUCCCCACAAGUAGGAAACUUGAGUUUUCUUAGGGCACUAAUCCUCUUAAACAACAGCUUUAUUCAUAUAAUCCCUCCAGAGCUUGGGCGUCUGCGCAGACUGCAAAUCUUGGAUUUAAGCAACAACAGUAUCAGUGGCCAAAUUCCAAGGAAUAUAUCUUAUUGCACCAAUCUCUUCUACUUCGAAGUUUAUUAUAAUAAACUAUUUGGAGAAAUCCCAGCAGAGCUUACCACCUUGCCCAAGCUCCAAGUAUUGUCUCUUGACAAUAAUAACCUAACAGGAAGUAUGCCACCUUCUUUUGGAAACUUAUCUUCUCUCAAAAUAUUGAAUGUUAUUUAUAAUAACUUGGGGGGGAGUAUUCCUAAAUCUUUUAGCCAGCUUACGAAACUUAUACGUUUUAGUUUGGGUUCAAAUAGAUUUGCUGGUACAGUUCCUCCAUCAAUCUUUAAUCUCUCUUCUAUCAAAAUCUUUGAAGUAGGAGACAACAAAUUACAUGGGAGUCUUCCUUGGGACAUGGGCAUCACCUUACCCAAUCUUCAAGAAUUUUCCAUUUUUGGAAAUCAGUUUUCUGGAUCUAUUCCUGUUUCAAUAGCUAACGCUUCAUAUCUAUAUGACCUGUAUAUGUACUCCAAUAAACUCACUGGAAAAGUUCCCUCUGUAGGAAUGUUGUACAGACUUGAAAUAUUUUCCAUUCACUCCAAUCUCUUUGGACAUGGUGGAGGAAAUGGCUUGAGUUUUCUUUGCUCUCUCACUAAUGCCACAGAUCUCAAGGCAUUGUCUAUAGGUCAUAAUAACCUUUACGGUGCGUUACCUAAUUGCAUUAGCAACUUCUCGACUACUCUUACUGUAUUUGGUAUAGGAGACAAUAGAAUAUCCGGAAGCAUUCCAAAAGGCUUAGGAAAUCUCAUCAACUUGGAGACGCUGGGGAUUCAACUGAACACAAUAUCAGGUAAUAUUCCCACUGAGAUCAGCUAUCUUGGGAGGCUAAGAAUUUUGGAUUUAUUUGCAAACAACCUCUCAGGGAACAUUCCACCCUCUCUAGGAAACUUAACACUAUUGAUAAAGUUGUAUUCAGCAAUGAAUAAUCUUCAUGGAGCAAUCCCUCCAAGCUUUGCUAAGUUCCAAAAUUUGGUGGAAUUGGAUCUUUCUACGAAUAAGCUCAAUGGUGUUAUUCCUCCACAAGUCAUGGGUCUAAUCUCAUUCUCACUAAUUUAUGUGGACUUGUCUGCAAAUCAAUUUAUUGGUAUCCUCCCCAAGGAAAUAGGAAACUCGAAAAAUCUAGAAAGUUUAGAUAUUUCUGAAAAUAAGUUAAUUGGUGAAAUCCCAGCAAGUCUUGGCGGCUGUGUAAAACUUGAAGUUCUUCGCAUGAGAAAAAACUUCUUCCAAGGACCCAUACCUUCAUCAUUGGAAUCAUUAAGAGGUAUUGAACUUUUAGAUCUUUCUAACAACAAUUUGUCUGGAGAAAUUCCAAAAUUUUUGGAACGUCUCAAUUUCUUGCAGCAAUUGGAUCUAUCUUACAACCAUUUUGAGGGUGGGGUACCAAUACAAGGAGUUUUCAGCAAUGCGAGUGCAACUUCAGUUAAGGGAAAUGCUGAGCUCUGUGGUGGGAUAAUAGAGUUUCAGCUUCCUAAAUGUAAAUUCAAAAAAUCCCAGAAGGGGCAAAAGCUGACCCUUACCUUGAAGUUGAUCAUCUCUCUACUUGCCGCACUUCUUGGAAUCACUUUGGUUUUGUUGUGUCUACUUUUUUCUCUAAGAAAGAAGAGAAAAGAAAACCCUUCAAGAAACUCAGAAAAUUCUCUUCUGAAUGUAUCUUACCAAAGUCUCCUAAAAGCGACAAACGGGUUCUCCUCGGCUAAUUUAAUUGGUCUUGGUGGCUUUGGGUCUGUGUAUAAAGGAAUUCUUGAUCAGGAUUCACGUACAAUUGCUGUCAAGGUCCUCAACCUCUUGCACCAUGGAGCUUCUAAGAGUUUCAUUGCUGAAUGCGAAGCCUUAAGAAAUAUCAGACAUCGGAAUCUUGUAAAAGUACUUUCAGCUUGUUCAAGUGUUGACUUUCAAGGUCAUGAUUUCAAGGCUUUGGUGUAUGAAUUCAUGGUAAAUGGCAAUCUAGAUGAGUGGUUGCAUCCAAAUCCAAAAACAAAUGAUGAUGAGGCUCUAGAGAAACCACAGAGUUUGAGUCUUCUUCAAAGGUUGAAUAUUUCCAUUGAUGUUGCUAAUGCAUUGGAAUAUCUUCAUCAUCAUUGCGAUAAACCGAUUAUUCACUGCGAUCUUAAGCCAGGAAAUGUUCUUCUCGAUGAAGAAAUGACUGCACAUGUUGGUGACUUCGGCUUAGCGAGAUUUCUUAUUGAGCGCACACAAGAUUGUUCAACUGAUCAAUCAAGCUCCAUUGGAGUAAGAGGAACAGUGGGUUAUGCUCCUCCAGAAUAUGGUAUGGGAAAUGAGGUAUCAACAUAUGGUGAUGUAUACAGUUAUGGCAUACUCUUGCUAGAGAUGUUCACAGGAAAAAGGCCGACUGAUGACAUGUUCAAGGACAGCUUUAUGCUACAUGAAUUUGUCAAAGCAGCUUUGCCUGAACGACUAGUUGAUGUUAUCGAUCCUAUUCUUCUUUCGGAAAGAGAAGAUCAAUAUGGAGAGACAAGAACGAAUGAAACUCCCAAUUAUCAGAGUCAAAUUACAAUUAGUUCCAAAAUCAGAGAAGGCUUGAGUUUGAUACUUGGAAUUGGAGUAGCUUGUUCCAUGGAAUUUCCAAUGGAAAGGAUGAACAUCAAGGAUGUCUUGAAAGAGUUGCAUUUGAUUCGAGAAAAAACUUCUUCGAAUUAGUAUUGCACUAAGAAAGAACUAAAGGGUCGAUUGAUUAGCAGUAUUACAUUUUGCUUAGGGGAAAUAAGAAGCAAUUUUACUUUUUGGUUGUCACAUAAUAUCUUCUGUUUUUAUAAGUAGUUCAAUUUUAUUAGAAAAAUAGGAAGGGAUGCAAUCCUUGAAUUUACGACGACAACAUAUCCAUAACUUAGUUUGAGUCAUAAAUUUACAAGAAGAGUAAUGAUUUGUACAAAUUU